AUGAGAUACAACCUCAGCGCAAUUCGGAAGGCCAGCUUGACCUUUACUAGGAAGAUCACAUAUAAUACAGGACAGGAAUUCGCAACUGCGAAGAAACAAUUCCCAAGAAGAUAUGUAAACCUGGGUAUAUUUGGUGCAACGUUUGGUCUGGGGUAUCUAGCGUCCAGGUUUUUUACAUAUAGUGAUUUGGCUGCAUGGCUACUGUACGAUAAGCUGCCAGUUAGUGAAGAAAGGAUCACGAGGUAUGAAGGUUCGUUGCUAAAUAGGGCUGCUGAUCUACCAAUUACUAAAGAACUAAUAGGUACUGGUUAUAUGCAAGUGUUUCCCGACCGCAACGAAAACGAUGUACUUGUGAAUAAAACUUUGAAGUCUCCGGGGGCUAUUACCAUUGACCCAUUAUUCUUCUUCAAUCCCACCACCAAGUCAGUCGUCGGAAUCUACCAUCUUGGCAUGAAGUUAACAGGUUAUCCUUUAGUUGUACACGGCGGAAUCCUAGCAACUGUAUUAGAGGACCAAAUACGUGAGGCUGCAAAGGUUAUUACUGGUUCCGCAGUGCAACCCGCAAAUGACCUCGAAAUAUCUUACAAAUUCCCCACUAUUGCCAACCAGUUUGUGAUAAUUAAGACCACGGACUUUAACCAGCUGGGCGAUACUGCUAAUUUGGAGGCUACCAUAUUAAAUCAGUCCGGGAAGCGUGUCCUGGUCACGGGUAAGGCUACCUUUUCCAUAAAAUAG